CGCCCUUUGGGAUUAGGGGUGUGCGGCUGGCUCGUCCCGCCCCUGCCUCUGAGUGACAGGAUCGUGGACAGCAACAUUUCCAGCCGGACACGAAGUUUGUGGGCCCUUGGCCUCGGCUGAGCUGAGUAAGAAAAAGCAACUGAGAGCAUUGUUAUUGGUAUCUGGAAUUGAAUUUGCCAGGAAUGCAAGCACAGAUUCCUCAGUAAAGAUCUUGCCUUUGGAAAUAUCUUACCCCUUGGCAGCUCUCCAGAGUUCAGACUUGGCAGCAUCAAGGACACAACGCAAGGGAUGAAAUACACAGUUCCUGCCCUCAGAAGUACUGAUUGAAAGGAGAUGGAUGGUUACAGCAGCCAUCUUACUAUAGUGUUGUGUUGUGAUGAGAGUAUGAAUACAGAGCUAUCAUCACUUGGAGAAACAACAUUUGAAUCAGACUGUGUUGGGCUCAUGGAAGGCUUCUUGAGAAAGCAGGCAUUUUGGAGAUCAAAGAUGGGUAGAAAAGAUGCCUCCACUAUAAAACUUCCUGUUGAUCAGUACAGAAAGCAAAUUGGUAAACAAGAUUAUAAAAAAACCAAACCUAUUUUACGAGCAACCAAAUUAAAAGCAGAAGCAAAGAAAACAGCAAUAGGGAUAAAGGAAGUUGGCCUCGUACUUGCAGCUAUAUUGGCCCUCCUACUGGCUUUCUAUGCUUUCUUUUAUCUCAGACUGUCCACAGAUGUUGACCCUGAUCUGGAACAAGAUGAAGAUUAGCUGAACGGCAAUCAAUGCAUUAAAGGGAAAUAAUUUUAUAAAAGCACCCCUUGGGACCAAUACUUUCUAAAGUACUGAAACUGGAACAUCUUGAAUUCUUUCUGCUGGUAUUUUCAGUUUUCAGAAAUAUCUUUUUAAAUAGUUGCAUAGAAUAUCAAGAAAAGAACCUUACCUAGCAAUGUAGUAUAAUGUAUGCUACUGGAUAUUUUAUAAAUCUUUCUACUUUGACAGGCAACCUAUUCAUGGUGCAUUUAUAUUAAAUGGAAAACAGAUCCUAAAUUCUUCGGAUGUCUUAGCCAAUUAUGUGUAUAACUCCAUCACUUACAGAUUACUAAAUCUAUUUUUGUUCCAUAUACAUCAUAAGUAAAAGUAUAUAUCCUCAUUUACAGAAACGUUCUCAAAUCACAUUCAGAGCCUAAGAAGGAAUGAAAAGUCGUGGGAAAUUUUUCAUUUUACAAAGAAGCCCUGCUUUCUUUCCAGACAUAUUUUAUAUCAUUAGAGAGACUAUCUGCCAUACAUCUACAGUAAUCUUUUUCCUUCUUUGCCAACUGUUCAGUGCACAUGUGCUCCAUCAGAAAUGGCACCUGGAUGACAGAAGCUCAAAGAGUCACAUAUGUCUGUAAAAUAGAGUUCCUUUCCUCUUGGGCUGUCUGAACUGGUGUAAAUAGAAAGUUCAGUUGAUCUUGAUUUUAAUUAACUUAUUAUUGUAUUAAUAUAAACUAGGAAUUCUAUUUUAAUUAUGUUGUUCUGGAUGCUUGCAGUAUCAGUUUGCCCUUCUUGUAAAGGAGAUAUGUAACAAUCUGUCGUUUAGUUGUGCAGUUUUGUUUUUUUUGGUUUUUUGGUUUUUUUCACACAACAGUAAUGGAAGUCCUACCUACUCAGAAUAAUUUUCUUGGGUUGUCUCUUAAGCCUAAACAAUACAAAGUUGGUUUACAAAAUUACAUCUUGUCUCUUGAGAGUUAAUCAAUUAGAACUGUCUCGUGAAAAAAUAAAUAAUAGAAGAAAAUAUAUGUCUCAUAUUACUUGCAUAUGUAAUUUUUUUGUUUACAUAAAUUUUCAAGAUAUUUUGCAUUUGUUGGAGUAUAACAAUCAAUAUAUUCAAUAUUUUUACCAGUAAUGGAUUUUUUAAAAAUAUUUUUGGAAUACACGAAUACAUAAAGCUUAGAGGAUGAGAAAAUAUUUGUCCACAGCAGAGUUGUUAGCUACUACCUUAUAUAAAGAUGUAUAAAAAAUUAAUAGUUAGAAACAUGUGCACAAAGUGUUUUCUAUCAUAUACAUUGUAUUUAUGAAGAGCAAAUAAAAUGUUAAGAUUGUUUCCAUAUUUGCCCAGGGAAGAAAGCUUUGAUGAAUACACUCGAAAUUCUUUGAGACUUUUGCAAAUAGUUGAGUAUGGCUGUGUAGCAUUAUGUUCUGUAGAAUUUUUUCAAGUAGCAUAAUUUAUUUCAUCAAUGUGAAAACAGCCCAAAGUUCCAGUAUCCUCACAGAUCAUUUAUGCCAAACAUCUGAGGACAAAAUUUAGCCAGUGUUAUUUACUGGAUUCUACCCCUUGAAAUCACAAACUCAUGAGACAGACCAAGAGUUCUUAUACACUCACCACUGCAGACCAAUCCAAGUGGCAUUUUUAGGAAAGGUUGCAGCAUUUAAUGCCAUGUGGUAUGUCUGUUCGUGAAGUGGGUGGCAAGGGAAUAUCCAAGCUGGCAUUUUGGAUAUGAUGGGCCUUUUCCUUUCCUGAGUGACAUGCCACAUGUCAAGAAAUACUGCUUUUCCCCCACUCCUAUCACAUUUACGUGAACAAUUUUCAUUUAGUUAUUUUACCUCCCAUAUGGUGUUAAAAACAGUCAUAUUAAAUAAAGAUUAUUUCUAAUUCCAGUAGUAAUUUAAAUGAGAAGAUAUGUAAUAAUUGUUUAUUAGUUACCUAUCCAAGUGAAAUAUAACAGGAUUUACAGUAUUUAAAAUAGAUGAGUAUACUCUUGGAAAUGUCUGAAAAUUCAUUACCCUGGGGAAAAAAAAUGAUACUGUUUCCUUCUGUUCUUGAGGUGGUCUCGUAAGGGAAAAGGUUGUUUCUGAUAGUAAUUAAUAUUAAUCUAUACAUAGUAUAAUUAUAGGCUAGUUUGAUUACCUCAUUUUAUCAAUACCCUGAGUCUCUGGCUAGUCCAUUUGCGUAACUGACUUAUGAUGGUUCCACAGAUCCAAGUCCCAAAGGCCCAACUCUGAUUUUAAUAAAUAGAAGGUAAACUGAGACAAUAUAUGUUUAUACAACACUGUUUUCAUGAAAUGCAAAUUUUUCAAACUCACAUUAACUGAGAAGCAGCCUGUGGAGAAAUCCCAGAUUGAAAUUUAGUUUGAAUCCUUGAAGAUAGAGAGGUGAUAUCCGGCCUAUAUUUUCAGGCGACCACACUACUGAAUAAUGAGUGGUGUUCAGCAUAAAUCUAAGACUGGCACUAGACACGAAUUUUAGGCGUGGGUUUUUUUUCCUACAAUAAUUCACUGCUUGGAGUAAUUCAGAAGACAAAAACAGAAAAAAUAUAAUGACUUUUCAGAAUGUUAGAAUCUAUUUGCUAACAUACUCUGCAGGAUAAAUUUCAGCUAAUGCAGCAGACUUUACAUUUAGCCUGUGGAAUACUGUGAAUGAAGCUUGAAGAGUUGCUGGUUCUUAUUUUGCAUAUAAAAUAAACAUAAAAGAUUCAUUUGAGAGGAGAUAUUGUAAAAAUAUAACCUUAUCCAGGAUUUCUUUUAAAACAAAUGAACAAAAAGCCUAUCAUAGUACCAGUAUACAGUUUGUUGUUUUAAGGUGGCAAAUACUUGAAGAUUUUCUGUCUUUUCAAUUUUUCUGAAUUACUUCUACCCCAAACAAUGAUUGCAAGAUCCCGAAAGAUAUGUUCUUAUUCAUUUCUGUAAUUCCAGUAGUGUAGUGAUCUGCACAUAUUUAAUAAAUGCAUGUCAAAAUUUAAGUUAAUUUCUUUUAGUGCUCUCAGAGUCUGGUACAGUUGCUGCAUGUAAUAGAUGAUCAAAAAUUAUUUGCAUUUAAUAAAUAAAACUUAGAAAUCACUGUAGUGACCAACUUAGCAUUUAGCAUUUAUGAUCGUUGAAUAUUCUGGGACAAAUGUAUUUUUCCUCCUGUUCCUUUUUAAGAUCACGACAACUAGUGUUAAAUUUGCUGUAGAACAGAAAUGUUGCUCUUUUCUAGGGCAUCAAAUAUGUUAUUUUUAUUUUAGUAUUAUUGAAAACCACAAGUGUUUUUAAUUUAACUUAUUAUACAUCCUCACUCCCAACAAAAAUAAAACUAAGUUUUCAUUAAAAUGCUUAUAUUUAUGUGGAUACUAAAGCACUAUAUUUUCCAGAUUCUAAAGUGAUAUAGUCAAAUAUGAUUCAGUAGAGUAAAUUAUGAUUUCUUUAGAUUGGCUUCAGAAAUAAAACUUCUAGAAAUUAAACUUAGAGAAUUUUCCUAUAUUUCAUCCAUAAUGUAAGGUUGUUGAGCCAGAAACCAUCUAAGAUAAGUACACUUACCUUGGGCUUCUCUGGGGAGAUUCUUACCAUUUCUCCCUUAGCGGCACUGCCUUCUUUUAUUAGAAUUGCUCCAAUGCAGCCUGGAUAGAAUGAUGUUUGCUAGAUUUUGUUCCACUGACAUCAUAUCUAGAAUCAGUGCAACCCACAGUUUAAAAAAAAAAAAACCCUAGCAGGAAUUCAGUGCCAACAGAAACACUCUUACUAUUUUAUUUUGUAUUUUAGUGAUGCAGGUAAGUAUGAAGGGAACUAGGAGAGUCACUCAAAGAACUAUACCAGUGUAAAAAUAUCCAUUGUGGGCCAGUAAAUUCAUUUAAAACAACUGAACUGCUGCCCUAUUCAGCAUAGUGCCUCAUUCUUAAAUAUUUUUUUUUAUCCUUUUGCAACAGACAUGAGAUCCUUAUUUCAAGAAAAAUAAGAUACUUUACAUGCCAGAAGAUUUUUUGAUGACAGUACCCCCUCCUAUUCUUCAUUUUUUAAAACAACAACCAAAUUGGUGGGGAGGCAGCCAAAAUUUGAGGUACCAAUGCCUCUCGAACAGAUGUCGCACCAUUAUUUUUUAGCUCGUUUAGAUGAAUAAACAUGUUAAACUGUGAAGUAUUACAUUUUAGAUUUUUUCAUUAAAAAAAGAGACAAUCUGUUUACUGUCCUAAUUGAGACAACAAUCCUUGUGGUUGCCAGUUUUGGCAGUCAUAACAAUGAACUAUAAAUAUUUGAACCAACCAAGUAAAUGGUGACUAUAAAGGCUAUAGCAUGUGUAAAGUUCUGUUUUCAUGGGCACCCAUCUUAGUAUGCCUUUUUUUUUUUCUGACUUCUUCAAAUACAAUUGUGUAAAUCUGAAGUUUCAUGGUAAGUCUAAAAGAAAUUGAUUUCAAUAUCUAAUUUGGUUCUAGUUUAUUAUCCUUUUUAGUGUUCAACUAUCCAUCUGCUUGUAACAAAUUGCUUCUGCAGUUGCUCUACUGAAUGUGACAAGGCAGGUCUUCUUUGCAUUGCCUUCUCUGUACAUCCUAGGAUAACAAAAAAUCAGAGAUUGUUUUUUCUGCUUUCAUAUUUAAAAAGUGAGGUUAAAGACAUUGUAAGUCUCUUAAUUUGCAGCAAUUAGUUUUUUAAGAGAAGGUUUUAUAAAUAAACUAUGUCGAGAUAUAACUCUGGCUAUAAUGUCCAUGAGAAGGAGGUCAUAGUCUUAGUUGCAAUGGGAUGCUUUGCAUGAAGAACUGGCUUGUGAGAAGUUGGUAGAUCAAAGAGAAGUAAUCCAGAGAUAAACGAUCAUUUAUUACCCUAGUUCCCAAAUGUUGGUGAUCCAGAUAGCUAGCGCCCUUGUAGACAUCUUAUUUGAGUACCAUUGCUCCCUUUUCUACCCUUCACCUUCUCCUCUAUCUGCACCAGUUCCAAACUCUAGGCAAUCUCUAACAUUUCUUCUUUAAUUUUGUAUGAACCUCACUUGUACAUUCAGUCGUGUUUAAUUAUGUACUUACCAUAUUAACUGCCUCUACUCUUUUACUUAGAAUCAAGACUAUUUUCCCCACUAUCUCUCAUUCCUUACCCCUUUCUUUUUUAUCAUUGACCACAUGCAUCACACAAAACUAAAGAGAAGAGUAUAAUGAACCUCAGUGUACCCAUCAUCUAGAGUCAGCAAUUACUAAUAUUUUGCCACUCUUGUUUCCCCAAUUUUUUGGGUAACCUGAGGUAUCUUAAAGUAAACCUCAAAUAAGGUGACAUUUUAUCUCAGUAUACAUCUCUGACAAGAACUUUCAUUUUUCGUUUGUUAUUUGUUGUUUUUUUUCUUACAUUACCAGGAAGCUAUUAUUACAGCUAAUAGGAUUAGUUAUUUCUUCAAAUCGUUUAAUACCAGGCCUAUAUUAGAAUGUCCCUAAUUGUCUUCAAGAUAUCAAUUUAUAAUAGGUUUUGAACCAAGAUCUGUACUGCAUUUGAUUGUAAGCGUCUUAAAUUUCUUUUAUUCAAUAGCAAACCUAUUUUUCUAUAAUGUCGUUUAUUUGUUGAAGAAACCACAAUAUUUGUCCUGCUGAAUGUCCAAUAUUCUAGAUUUGGCUAUUUUCAUUUUGUUAUUUAUUUUAUACCUCUAUUUUUCAUACUUUCUAUAAACUAGGAGUUCGAUCUUAGGCUAGAUUAGAUCCAGAUAGUUUUGUGGUUGUUUUUGUUUGUUUUUAAGGCAAUAGUAUGUCAUAGUACUUAAUGAGACACAUUAUCUCUGGUUGUCUCAUUUAUAACAACGCUGAAAUUUACCAGUGGGUUCAUGUGCCAGUAACCUGAUUCCCUCCAAAAUAAGGUUUAUAUCAACAUUUUGCCUAAAGCUUUUAGCAUCUGUUUAUAAUUAUUCCCUAGGUCUGUUAUCUCAUUUGACAUUAAAAAAUGGCAAUUUAAAAAAAAAAUUACUUAUUAUUUUUUUUCAAGAGAGAGUGGGAGAGCAUGUGCACAAAUGAGAUGGUAGAGAAGGGCAGAGGGAGCAGGGAAAGGAGAAUCCUCAGCAGACUUCAUGCCCAGCACAGAGCUUGCCCUGGGGCUCAAUCUCAGGACCUCCAGAUCAUGACCUGACUUGCACUCAAGAGUCGAAUGCUUAAGUGACUGAGCCGCCCAGGCACCCCAGAAUGACACUUUUCUAUCAUUCCUUCAGCAUUUAAGUGAAAUUAUUUAAAAACAAAACAAAACUUAAUCAAGUCUUUGGUUACCUGAAAAUAUGGCUCAUAACAGGAAAGGAAGGAUAAAUACUUGGAUCUUUGCCUUUAUCAAAUUUUGGAGUAAUACGUUAACACUCUCUAAUAGUGACCAGUGGAGAUUUGCCAUUGCUGUUCCUGUUGUAGCUUUUAUUAUCAAUAUAAAGCCAUAGAUUUUACAUAUGUGAUGUGUGUUUCAACCCAUUGCAAUCACCAUUCUUUUCAGUAUUGAAAUACAAAUUACAUUAUCAUGCUUUGUAUUAGAGGUAUUAUCAUUAAAAUCGCAAAAGCUUUUAUAUGAUUUUACAUUUUUCCAAAAGUAAUAGACAAUACAAUCAGAUUUUUAAAACAAUAGGAAUAAGUGGUAAAUGUGGAAAAAGACUAAUAUUUGCAUAUUAUAUGAUUAACUGGAAAACUAAUAAGAUAUUGAGUAAGAUUUAUAUAAUGUGGUCCAUUAGAAAAUAACUGUGAAAAUUAAUAGCUCUAAUAAUUACUAUAGUUAGCUAAAUAUCAUAACAUAAAAAAUAUACCUUACAAUCACAAUCGAAAUUACGAAUUGUCUAGAAAAAAAUCUGCAAGAAAUAUGAAGAGUCUUCAUUGGAAAAAAGACCUUACAGGGUAAGAUAAUCAAACUUUAAUAAAAAAGAGACCAACUGUCUCCCUGGAUGAGAUGAUUCAAUAUUGUACAAAUUUAAACUUUCUUCUAAAUUGGAAACAGAAAAGAGAACCUUAAUCCACCAGAUAUUAAAGUGUAUUAUAAAGUUAUAAUAAUUAAAAUAAUCUCAUAGUCAAGGAAAGUAGACAAAGCAAUAAAAUGUGCAGUCUGGAAAUAGAUCCAAAUAUAAAUAUUCACUUGCUGUAUCCUAUAAGUCAUGAAGAUGGAAAGAUAGGUUACUUAUUGAAUAUAUUGAAACAAUUGAGUAUCCAUUUGGAAAUUAAAAGAUGUCUGUACCGUGACUUAAAACAAGAUUAAUUUCUGAUGGAAUUUAUUAUUUUUAAAUGAAAAAAAACCCAUAAAAUUAUUAGAAGAAACUACAGCAUUUUUAGAAUCUUUUAGUACAGAAAUUAUUUCUAGGCAUUGAUUCAUGAGUCAGAAAUCAUUAAGGAAAUACUGUUGGAUUAUAACACAUUAAAUUAAAAUCUAACAUGCAGCCCAGCACUCAGUGUUAAUUAAAGAUGUGAGGAAACAGUCUCUUUCAUAUACUGCUUGGGGGAAUGGUAAUCUCACACACUUUCUGGAAGACACUUUGGCAGUGUACUUUAGAAGUCUAAAAUUUCAUAUAUACCUUAGUUGCUUCCAUAUCUCUUUAGAAAUUCUUUCAAGGUAAUAACGCCUAGAGUGUGCAAAAGUGCACAAAGUAUGUUAACCACAGCUUUGUUCAUAACCUCAAAAAACCUGAAAACAAUGUAAAUGUCCAACAUAAGAGUCUUUUAAAACAAAUUGUGUUGCAACUAUUAAAUAAAAUGUGAUGGAUUCAUUAAAAUAAUAUUUAUACCUACUGAUGUGGAGAGAGGUGAAGAAGCGCUUAAAAAUGGGAGAUGUGUGAUAGAUUCUAUUUUGCUUGAUUGUAUAUGUCUGUAUGUGUGUGUGUGUGUACACAUGAGUCUAUCUGAGUAUAUUUGAAGAAUAUUUAGGAAGAAGUAGAAGAUUAUUUCUGGUUAUUAGAUUAUAAGUGAUCUUUAUAUUGAGUGAAUCAGUCUCCACUCUACAGAGAGGACUGGAAGGACAGAGUUUUAGUGAGCUAUGAGUCCAGGCACCUGGUAAGUCUGCCCAUCUUUUCCCAUUAUGUUCUUCUAUUUUUCAUUCAUUUAAUAACCAUUAAGCACCUAUCAGGUACUAAUAACUCAUCUUUCAAAUUCCCCAUCUAUACACAAUGUAAGUAGUAUAGAAAAAGGUGGCUCUGGUUUUCUUAUAGUGAGAAACUCAGAAUGUUUCAGAAAGGAACUGGUAUUUAAGUUGAUCCAUUUUCAUUCAAAACGUAUUUAUUGAGCAUUUGUCACAUGGCAGAACUGUGCUUUAUGCUUGCAACAAAUCCAUGAACAUUACAAACAACAAAGCAAAAAUAGUAUUCUUGCUCUCAUGACAUACGACUUGAGAGAUGGUGAUGGUUUCAUUAAACAGAAAAAGAGGGUGAAAAACGUAUUCCAAAUGAAAGAAAAACCAAUGAAAGGGUACAAAGACAUAUUAGUGCUUGGCCUGUAUGUGGUAUAGUGGGAUAGGAAGGUUGUUAUUGUCCGUUUGUGCUCAUUGUUCACCUUCUUUCCUUCCUCCAACGAAAACCAUUUUCUCUUAUUUAAUCUGGAAAAUGCCACAUAUCUAUCCUUCAAGAUCUAUCUAUUCCCAGAUAAAUCCCUCGACUUUCCCCACAGAAGCCCCCAACCCCGCCCGCCCAAGGCUAAGUUAGAUGAUUCUUCUCUUACAUAGACUCUAUUCCAUGAUUAUCCGUUUACGUGCCUCUUAACCGCACUCUGAGGUCUGUAAGGAAGGAACUCUGGGGUUUUUUGCUUUAUCUCAAAUGCGAAGCGCUGCACCAGACACGUGGUUUAUUCCACGGUAAAAUUGUUUGAAUAAGUAUUACACCUCAUUCCCAUAGAACGGGAUUUCUCAGCUUUGGCAUUAUUGACGAGUUGAGCCAGCUAAUUUUCGCGUGGUGAUCGCUCCUGCGAACUGUAGGCUGUCUAGCAGCGAACCUAGAUGCUCGCUUGCACCUAAAUGCCGGUGGCACCUGCUCCUGGCCUACUUACGGUUGGAGGAGGUCAUCAACAGGAUGUGACCACUGGUUGCCCCGUGAGCGGCAGCGGGAGCAAUGGGCAAGCCGAGGCCCCACGGGCCCGCCCUGUCUUUGGCAUGUACUUCCGCCCCCCGCAGGUUCCACGCAGGAAGCGUUAGUUUUCCAGGCGGCAGCCUCGGCAGAGCAACGUGGGCAGUGUACUGACUGAACCCAGGUAAGGCCUCUUCAUAAACUUUUAAGACUUUGUAGCCCCGCCGCCCAGGCGAGCCUUGCGCUCAUUUCCUAGCUUUUUAAACCUGCCGCCUCCUAGUUUGGGGUUCUCUGCCUCUUUUUCGUCUCCUCUUUCCGGCUGUGUCUGGGGCCUGUUUCACGUUUCACCGGGGAAGCUGCCGAGGAUUCGAACCAGUGGUUAGGUCAGCCAGACGUAGCAAAGUGUCCCCUGGGGUCAGAAUGUUUCCCAGCUGUACCCCUGAGAACCACCGCUGCCCUAGAACGAUAAAAAUCACAGUUGCAAUGAGAGCAAGGUGGAAACGGGGAAGCGCGGGACAGGACUUUCGAGUUACUUCACGUCUUUUUUCAGAGGCCUUUAAUGUUUGUUAACGCCACGCACUUGGCCACAACUCGGUACAGACUGUUGACUCAAAUCCUGUACUCAUGCUGGUGGGUGGGGUGGGGGGAGGUCACAAGAGAGGUCUGAACUUGACCCACCUGCUGCUCAAAUCCCUGGGGUUACUGCAAGCUCCUUUUCUUUUCUCAAAGGUAAGGGAGAAGGACUUUAAGAUAUUGAUGUUAUCAAACAAUCUAGAAUUUUUUUUCAAGAAAUUUUAAACACACUGGAAGACAAAACUAAAGCAGGAAAAGGAUGGCCCUUCCACCUCCUUUUAUUUACUUACUUACUUGCUACUAAGCACAUUCAGUGCAGCCAGAGAAAUUUUAUAUAUAGAAAGCUAAGUAAUGAGCCUUAGAAACAGAUACAUAAUUCUGAGAGUUAUUGGAAACUUUAAUGUAUAAAUUCUUUUUCGUGGAUGCAGUGUCUGGUCCCCAUUUUCUCUAUUCUGUAAUGUGAAAUGACUCCUAUUUUUAAAAAGCAUAUAUAUGUAUGUACAGGUAUAUUGUUGAGAGAUAAAUAAAAUAAAUACCCAUGCAACCAGUGCCUGGCUUACUGACAUUUCGUAUUGUUUGGCUCUUUUACUUUUUGCCUUUUUGAAGAGUAUAUAAAGAUGUUUCACUUUAAAAUUUUCAUUUUCCUGAUCAUCAUUAUUGUUUCACCAUUAGUUUUACUGUUGAUUCUCUUAAGAUUUCUGAGGGUUCUCUUGCUGUCCUCUGUAAAUGAAUACCUUAUGUUCUUCUUAUCUAAUCCUUAUUGUUUGGAUUUUCCCUCUAAUCCAAGAAUUAUUUAAUAGAAAUUUUUUAAAAUAUGUAUGUUUACAGGUAGAACAGUCUGUUAUUUAAAUUUAAAAUUUUAGUUCAAGUUUUACUUCACAGUAAUCAGUGUUGCUUGAAUUAUUUCUAUUUUAUGGAACUUGCUCUUGUUUUCUAUUUGACCUAAUUUAUA